AUGACUUCAACAAUAACCAGUGGCCCAGUCCCACUGACCACGACCUUCACACCGCCAGCAGACUGCUUCACAGACUCGUACCACAUGCAGUGGCUGUCCGGCACAAACUACUACACACCCGUCUCAGCCACCUACACCUGGUGGUGGAUUAGUCUCGGCGCCAGCGACUGGAGCACAUGUUUCCCAUCAGCCUUUGCCACGGCAACAACAAGCUAUUUCUCGCCAGGUCUAUGUCCAUCCGGCUACACGGCUGCCGGUCUCUCAGAGGUCUCGCUCGACAGCAAUAUCGAGACAAGAGCAACAUGCUGUCCUAGCGGCUACAAUGCGCAGACCGGAGAUGGCUGGCCAUGGUACUCCAGCAACCCGUGCACGUCCUCCAACACAAAUUCGGAUUCCGUCUACGUAUACACAUUCGACGGCACGGUCUCGAGCCAAACGGGUACAUUCGGGAUCCAGGGCAAGGGCGUUUCGAUCCGUUGGCAAUCGACUGAUUUCGUGUCCGCAACCUCGACAUCCGAUUCUUUAACUUUCAUGACCUCGACCUCAACCUCGACAUUGAAGAGAGACGCUACGGCAACCGGCACGAGUGAGUCGGUGAACGGUACUACCAACACAUACUAUGCGACUAGCGGACUUUCUGCGGGCGCAAAGGCUGGAAUAGGCAUUGGUUGUGCAGCGGGCGCUAUUUUACUUAUAAUUGCGGCUGUGGUGUUUUAUCGUAGGCGCAAGCCCAAGUUUGUGCCAGCGAGACUUGAUCAGAAUACGAUGAGACACACGCACCAACCGGCUGCUGAAUUGGAUACGGGAUCGUCGGAGCUAAUGGACGCCUACGGGAACCCUGUAGAGUUGGAUUCUCAUGGCGUUUCGGCUCGGGUGGAGUUGGAUGCUACAAGUUAUCCAAAGGGGUAUAGUUGA